AUGUUCUCUGCCAUGAAGCGACCUGAAGAAGGUGGAAAAGAGCGACCUGCUAAGAAGCCUCGAACGCUGCCGCCCAUUGGAGAGGUGGCUAAGGAAGACCGUGAUGUCUUCAUGUCCCUACAAGGUUCGUCUGAGAGGGUUGGCAAGGAGUUCGAAGGCAGACAUAAUGUUGUCUUCAUCCGCAGCGGCGUAGCCACCGGCAAGACAACAUUCGCGGAGCAUUUGGCAGGUCAGUUUCCCGACAAGUACGUCAAGGUGCCCUUCACGGGUGCAGGAAAAGAAUCUGUUUGGAGGAUACGCACCAUAGAAGCUAUCGAGAAAGCCACGGACACGAACAUUGACAGAGAUGAUUUAGCCGUUGCCUUCGCGAAGUCCCUGACGCUGGCGAAAGAGAAGGAGCUGACCCUCAUCUACGACGAGGCGCACACGCUUUUUGCGUCAUCAGAUCUGUGCUCAGCGCUCUUCAAGGGCGACACAGAGCAUCGACCAAACCUUUUGCUAUUUUCAGCCUCAGGCGAUGCAUCCAGAUCCGAAAAUCUCACAGUGGCCACGCCUUCGGAAAUCACCCGAAAGUUCAUGUGGGCGCCUCCCUUAAUCUACACGAACGAGCUGGGGACUCAACUGGAGGCAGCCGGUGUGCGGCUAGAUCAACAGAGCAUCGAGUUCUUCAUCCUUUUUUCUGGUGGACAUCGUGGCAUCUUCAUGGCAGCAAUGCAUUGGGUGCACAGUAAGCAGAACGCUGAUGAAAGUUGGGACUUUGAGGAGACUGUGGCGCGUGUGCGCAGGAGCUACGGCACGGGGGAUUGGAAUUGUGCUGACACAGAGAUUCUAGCGUUUGUGAGAAAGAGCCGUGCAGUGCGUGUCAAUGGUCGGUUCACCGCUGUUCAACACAUUCCUCACCAGUUUGCGGAGCUGCUGUGCAAAGGGGCAACCAGCAUCGCAAAAGCAGACGUUCGAAGAGAGCUCUCUAUCAACGGCUUUGUACUUCCCCAACAUGACAAAGGCAGUGAGGAAGAGUUCCAACCCCUGGAUUGGAACAACGCGCACAUGAAAUACCAAGUGGCAAACCCUCUGCUGGCUUCGUACUACCGCUUCACUCUGGAGAAACAUUGUAGCUUGGAAGUUGGAUUUGAAGCGAGCAAGCCACGAGACUGUGCAGAUUUAUUGAUGCGAGCCCUGCCCUACAUGUUCUUUGCCCAAGUGGUGUGUUCCUCAUUGUCAAAAGAGCUGCUACCCUACGAAGGACAGUACAACAAGUGCUUUCAGUCAAGCCUGAUGAGGACAUUGAGCGAUGGCAACUACAGUGCCUUCGAAUUCCUCAGCUCAAGUCCUGGUGAAGGAAAACCCGAUUGCGCUGUGCAGAUCGAGGAGGAGACGUUUGUUUUGGAGGGUGUGAUGCAUGUCCGCGGGCAGGCAGAUAUCACGAAGCACCGUCAGCGCUUCGACGACAUGUGCAACUACAAGAACGCCAAGCACAAGGGCUUAUACAUCAUCGGCAACAACAAUGAGAAGAUGCUCGAGACCGUGAGGAAGACUGAAGGAGACGAUGUCCAAAUCAUAGGCUUGGUCCCCAACAUCGCCCACACCGCCUACACCGUUCACGUGAAGAGCAAGGGCAUCGAACACAUCAGCACCUUCAGGGUGGACUGCGACCUCGUGGCAAGGAGGUUGGUGCUCAAAGACGAUGGUGAGCCUGAGCUCUACAGCGUCCAAUCGCUGAAGAGCGUCAACCUGUCUCCAAAAGCUCAGAGCAGCCCAUCUGCCGGACCUGCAGGCACGACCUCCUCAUCCGUCGUCUGGGUGAGGGAGCUGGCCCGGAAGGAUGGGACGGUCACCGCCAAGUCUCGUCAAGACCCUGAGGGCGAGGAUGAGCUCGAGCCGGCGUUUCAGGUGAAGUCCCCUCAGGACUACCCGGACCUCAAUAAUGCGGACGACUUGAAGAAAGCCAUCAAGCAGAUGAACCCCGAUCUCAAGGACAUCGCUCCAAGGCAUAUCGACAUCUACUUGCAAGAAGCUGGAGCGUGGCGACGCAUCAAAGACGAAUCGGAAGUCCUGCGUCGGGACACCACCAGGCUAGACUGCUACGGCUUUUUGCCGUGGCAGCGAACUUGA